CGCAAACUUGCAUGCUAAGCGGCUUUGACUAGCUAACCAAGUUGUACUGUGAAACGUACAUUUUUAACGUUAAAUUUACAAUCUGAAGGAUUUUCAUACCCUGGAAAAUGAGGCGGUCCGUCGAAAUACAAGAUGCUGUACGGGAGGAAGCAGGAGUUUCGAAAGAAUUCGAGGUUCCCAAUCACGCGAAUAAGCGCCAAAUGUUUGGAGAUUAUUCCAAGCAGCAGCAGGAAAUUACGGAGAAUAAAGACAUCAGGAGAAGUCAGAAGCAAGUGGAACAGAGUGAAAGGAAAUUGUUUAAACUGCAGAAUGAUGGAACAGAGCUCAUCACAAACAUUCAAGUUGCUGGGGACUUCAAAGAGUCCCAGAGAAGAGCAGAGCUAGAAGAAGCUUCUCAGCAAAGAAUCCAGAAGCUAGAGAACGAGGCUAAAAUUUGUCUGGAGAAGUUUGAAGAGAUCACUGAGAAGUGGGGCAUGGUCAGACAGAAGGUGGUUCCUCAGGAGCUGUGGGAAUCAUUGAAGAGCCAGCAGGAACUCUGUACACUUCUCCUGGAAGACAAGAACAAGCUCAUAUAUGAGCUGCAGCAGGAGUUAAAGGCAAGUGAUGAACGGUAUGUGAAGGACUUAAAGAAACAAGCAAAAGACGUCGAUCUUUUGACUGAGAGAAUGGAAGAGCAGAUCAGGAAUCUGAUGGGGUCCUAUCAUGAGGAGCUGGAUCAAAUUGAGAAUGCCUUUGAGCAAGAACGGAAGGAGCUCCUGAAGAGCAACCGUCAGAAAUGGGAAGAGGCGAUGAAGGAUCACCGCGAUAAAGAGCUGGAAUACCUGAUGCAGAGAAGGAAGAAGGCAGAGCAAUAUGAGAAACAGAUACAACAGUUAAGAAUGGAAAAUGCAGAGAAGUGUAACAUGACACAGAUCGACCUGGAUGGCAAAGUGCAGAUGCUGGAGCAGCAGAUACAACAGAUGCAAGCGACAUGCCAGCUGAACCAGGAGAAACUGGAGUACAACCUGCACGUGCUGAAAAAGCGGGACGAGGAGAACGCCGUCACCAAAUCGAAACAAAAGCGGAAAAUCACCAGACUUCAGGAUGUCAUGAACAACCUCAAGGCCAGGUGUGCCAAGCAGGAGAAGCAGUCUUGUGUAGAGAACCAGUCUCUCACUGAUGACUAUAGACGCAUUAUGCAGCAGUAUAAGCACAUGCAGAAAAAAAUGAGGCACUUUGUAGCUACAGAUUCUAAGAAGUUUGAGGAGAUCUGGCAAAUGAAUGAGGCGGAGGUGAAGGAGCUGGUUGAGAAGGCGCUGGAGACUGAUCGACUGCUGCAUGAGCAGCAGCUGGGGCUGGCCUGGGUGCAGCCCGAUCUGUCCUUCAUGAAACGGUCCGACCCAGUGGCCCAGCAUCAGAAUGGCAAAUCAGCAAUGCAGGCAGUAGCUGAUCUUCUGAAAGGGGGAGGUCAGGAUGGAGCGAUGUCCUCCAGCCAUGAGCUUGUAGGCCUGGAGCGUGUCGAGAUAAGGGGGCCUCCAGGAAUCUCCGCAGGCACUUUGAAACGGCUUCUUGAGCUUCUUUGCGAUGAGACGGGUUUUUUGAUAGAGAGUAAAUUUCUAAAACUCCUCUCCCCCUUGGAUAAAGAUGAGCAAACCCUCAUGAAGCUGGAAUCAAUAUUUUUGGUAUUGGGAAUAGAGAAUGAAGAGGACAUGUAUAAACUGGCAGAUUUCUUCAUAAAAUGUAAAGAAAAGGAUGUGAAGGAGGUAACUGCAGAGGGGGCUCACGGUGAGUUGGAAGGAGCCCGCUUGGAAUUCACAGAGAUCAACAUGUCGGAACUUAUUCAUCGCAACGAUGUCCUGAAGGCCCUGCGGGCGUUCACCUCAGAGCACUGCAAAUCCCGAGAGAUCCGUCAGCAGACCAAAAGCCUGAGUUUUCGAGAGAAGGACAACUCAGAAGUUUCAGCCUACUGGGAGGCCAUGGCCAAUGUCAUCCCUGCAUCCAGGCUGAAGAUCUGGAACGCACUGGAGGCUGCACUGGAGAAAUACUAUUCUGUUCUGAAAGAGAGGUCUAAGCUUCUUGGGGAAACGCAGGGUCUGCAGCAGCAGAACACAGAGCUGAAGAUGCUACUGAACCAGUACAUUAAUGCCAAGACUGUUCUUCAAGAGUUCAACUGAAUCACCGUCUUUGAAAUGGUCAGUAACUACUUUUCAGAUUUUCCAAAAUGUAUGUUUAUUUUAUUCCCUUUGGAAAAUGCUCCGACACAAACUUGCGUGAAAAGACCGUAAUAAACUGUUGUAUGUGAUGCUAUCAGCCUGGACAAUUACAUCAAAACAAGACCAGUGCAUUGAGAUUUCCUGUAACUCCACCCUGACGCUGCGGUUUGCAGCACAAACUCUGGGUGAAUUCAGGCUUGUUGUGGAGAUGGGGAACCUACUCAUCGGACAAAGGGCUCUGGACGUUCGACUACCUUCCACCAAAUCCAUAUCCCCGUGAGAUGAAUUCUCUGCUAUUGUGUCAGUGAAGACAAAAUACAGAUCUAACCUCACCGCUCAGCAUGGUUUGAGAGUGGCAUUAUCAAGCCUGAAACCAUGUUUUGAAAAAUGUGAAAUGAAAAACAGGUUCCUGUAGCCACUAAUGCAGAGAUACGACUUUCUUACAGUGUCAGAGUUAUGUGGUUAAAAUUGAUCUGUUUUUUGCACUUAAUUUCUGGCAAAAUUACUGCAAUUCUAAAAAAUGCAGAUGCUUUGGAGCAAUAUACUAAAAAAAAUGCACAACAGGAAUUAAUGAAAGAAAUGUGAAA